GCAAAGAGGCAAGUUGUGUUGUGAGCGCGAUGGCUCCAGCUGACGGGUAACAGCUGUUUGGUGUUGAUAUUGUUGAUUGACGAAGAGACAUGAGUUCCACACCCGCUGUGGAAACAGAAGACACCGCACUUACCAAUGGGAGUGCCGUUCCUCGAGAAUUACUCUUCAAAUUUUUGGUCAUUGGAGAUUACGGCGUCGGUAAGACUGCGAUCGUCCGGAGAUACACGGAAGGUCAGUUUUCGUCAAAUUAUAAGAUAACAAUUGGAGCUGACUUCUCCAUCAAAUCUCUGCAAUGGGACGAGCAGACAAAGAUCAACCUUCAGCUCUGGGACAUUGCAGGCCAUGAGCGGUUUGGUUACAUGACCAGAGUUUAUUACAAAUACGCAGUUGCUGCGGCAGUGGUAUUUGAUGUCUCCCGUACCCAAACCUUUCAGUCUGUCUCAAAGUGGUUGAGUGAUCUGAGAGAGAAGGUGACGCUGCAAGAUGGAACUUGUAUUCCUGUGGUCCUGCUGGCAAACAAGUGUGAUAUCCAGGGCAUUGAAAUUGCCACUGAAAUCAUAGCAAAAUUCUGCAAGGAUAAUGAUAUUGCAGCUUGGUUUGUCACGUCUGCCAAAGAGAACAUUAAUAUUGAAGAGGCAAUGACAUUCCUUGUUGACAAAGUGAUCCACUUCAAAGCUCAGGAAACCAGCAAUGAUUCCAUAAUCCUACAAGGCACUAGUGACCAGGACAGUAAAUAUAAGGCUUUGUGUUGUGGGUAAGAAAAGUAGUGGCAUGUGAAAUCACAGACUGCUUAGUUUUGCUGAAAAGUUUUCCAUGCUAAAAUGAAGUUACAUUACAUGGAUCCUGUUGUGUUUUAGAAAUGUGGGAAACCUGAUAGCAUCAACAGAGAAGGAUAUUAUGAACUUCUAUUAACACAGAUGUUUCCCUUGUAAAAUAAAUAUAUUUUAACUUGAUAACAAUAUCAAAGAGUGAUUAUAGCAAUUGCAGUGUAGGUAAGAAUUUACCGUUAACUCUUCAGCACUGUGGAAGAUGCCCAACAUAUUUUUGUGUACUACAGAACGAUAUGCUCUGCGCGUUAUGACAUUCUCAUGUAAUCGUAAAAUAAAGUAAAUGAAAGUCAAUAUCAUUCUUUCACUACUGAUACUACUACAUCAGAAUUAUUAAAAAAUAUAUAGCUUUUUUAUUUCAUGGUGAAGGCCAUAAACCAUGGUUUUUCUUCACAUGGAGGAGAGAAAAUGAUUCUGUGUUGAAGAAUAAAAUAUGUCCUGUAAAAUGUGGAGCUAUUUAUGGAAAAUUAUUCUUUAGUGCUUGGUAAAUUCAUGCAGUAAAGCUGACUGAACCCUAUACAGCUGCAUUUUGUUCUUUAUAUGGAAACAGCGAACAGAGCAUAUAAUUAGUAAUAUUUCAGGGAUAAUUUUGAAACAUAAUCUGCUGUUCAACAUACAAAUGUGAUGGACUCUGUUAUACAGCCAGAAAAUUUAAGACAUUGAUACUUUGAUGUUUUACUUAGACUGUGAUCACUACUGUGUUGUGAUAAACUUUAUUCCCGAAUGGAUAUUUGCAAUUUGCUGUGUGCAGACAUUGUAUAAAUUAGUGCACUUGAAACUUACUGUAAAUUUAGAACUUGUGCAUUUAUAGAAUUAGAUAUAACAUAUUGGAACAUAGAAAAUAUUGAAUUUGUCUAUGCCUUGUGGGAGACUAUUUUCAGCAUUUGAUAAGAUACUUGGUACUAUUUUUUAGAUUAUGACUAAUUUCCAUCGUCUGACAGGUCUCUCUCUUUCUCCCUCUUACUCACUUACUAUCUUGGGUGCAUAUUCUGCUUAUGUUCCUUCAGUGCACCGUAUCUUUUUAUGCCAGUCUCUUUCUGCCAUGCCCUUCAAAUAUACUUUCUUUUCAUUCUUGUCAGCCUGUCAGUGAUAUUCUAUGAUCACUGGUAUAUGCCAUACAGAUCUGAAGACAAUAAUAUAAACUUAAAAUAACAGCAUUUAAUUCUUAUGUAUGGGCAAACACAAUAAUAAUGGCAGUUAAAAUUUAAGUGGUACAACUAGAAAUAUGUUCAGAACUGUUGCACAUUUAAAAAUUAGUCAAUGAAAUUUUCAUUCAGUUGGCAACUAAUUCUUUUUUAAGUACAAGAGGGGAAAUGUUUGAAUUGGUUUAAUGUAGUGACAGGUGUGGAAAUGCACUGGUACGUGCUUGUAAUACAUUUAUCAUGCCUGAUGACAGGAGUUUAAGAUAGUCUGUGUAGAUUAAGGUUUCUGUACUCAGUGCUGGACAAUAUUAAAGCAAUAUGCUUGCCUUAGACAAAGUACAAGGCUCAAUGCAAAUACAUUCUGAUGUGCUUCAUCAGAAGGCUCUGCCUACACUAUUUACAUAGUUUAGCAAGCAUUAUGAAAUGUUUAGAAAAUGUGGAUAUAUAGCCUACAUCUGUUAGAAAGUAACGGAUAGUUAAAAUUUUAGAUUUUUCCAUAAAUCUUAUAGUUAUACACCAUCUGUUCCCCUAAAGACCCAUGUUUAGUCCCUGCAGAAUUUAUAUGGAACUUGUGGUGAAAAAAGAAAGAGAUGAAGGGUAACUUUUUCUUGAACCUGUCAGUUUUUCCCUUCUUGUCAUAACUCCUCCACCUUUGGUUCAUAUUCAUUUAUUCAUGUCCCAGGUGUGUGUGCAGUCUGAGACCUCAGUUGGGGCUUCACAUCUGACCUGUUACUGAAAUGGACUCACAAUAAUUUAAUGGCACUUGGAUGUCUGUGUCAAUUAUCCUGGGUUCAAGACUGGCUGGAUCCAGUGUGUGUACCUUCCCAACCUUCAAUUACAAAGUUAAUAUUCUGUGAAUGUGGGGAAUAUCAGGUUCCCAUCAUGCCUGUGGUUAAUGUUAACUAUUAGGUCUCUCUGCUGGCCAAUAUCACCACUCUCUCACUGGAUGUAAACAGAAUCCUGACCACCUCAGAAGAGGAGUCCUACACUGUUACCUUGUGAACACAGACUAGAGAUGCAAAAGAACUGUAAUUGGGUCUAGUCAUCAUCAUCAUCAUCAUCAUUGUCAUCAUCAUUACCACCACUGCCACCACCACCACCACCACCACUACCACCCUAACUAUCAUCAGAAUCCAGUUCCAUGAGCAUUCCAUCAUUAAAAGAGAUAUAUUCAUUGAUUCUUGUAGGUAGAGGCCAGGAAGGUCAAAUGACCAUAGUUAGGGGCUGGCUAUCAUCAGGAUCAUCACUAUAUCACACAAAGAAAUUUAAAUUCUGCCCAGUGAGCACUCCCACCUGAAAAUUGGAUGCCAUCAUACUUGCCAACUUGGCAGAGGACAAAAAUAUUGAGGCUUUGAAGAAAAGAAAGUCUUAUGCAAAAUCUUAAAAAUAUAAUCUGGAUGACUCCCAAGCUAGCUCAUUCUGUGUUUAACCAUUUCCUAUGCCAUCACAUGGUUAAUUAAAUAUCUUCUGUACAGUAUACUUUUUAUGCAUGACAUAGUGCUUAGCUAAGUAAGCACAGGGACAACUUUCUUACUUUAUGUUGAUCAUGGCAUGAGCUAUUUAAUUUUACUGUGUGCUACUACAUUACUUGUGGCAGCUGGUUAUGACCUCAUUUGAAAGAGAGUUGUCAUAUUUCAGUUAGAUGAUACUGUAAUUGGAUAGUUAAAAAUCAUCCACACUUUUAGCUAUUACUCUUACAAGAACAAAACUGAGAAAUUUGUUAGGUUUAGUAAUAGAAUUGUUGUCACAUUAAAUGUAGGACUUGCUACAUCAAAAGAAUGUAGUUGUAUUUGCAAAUAGAAUAUUUUUUGCAGAUUUAAACUAGUCAGUUUUGUAUUAUAGAUGACAGUUGGAAUGAAGAGAAAAUGUUGAUGAUAGAUUGUAUGAGAACUGUAUACUGACAUAGCCAUUUGCAGUUUCCUAGGUUAAAUUGUGAGUGACAUGAAGUAAUUAAGGGAAACAGUACUAAUGAGAGAUAUUUUAGAUGUUUUCUCUUUCAAAUGUAGUAUAUUUUGUAGUUAAAGGGUUUCAUAAACUGACAUGCAAUAUUUGUUCAAUGCAUGAUUAUUUUAUAGAUUUCUAUAUAUGACGUAAUUUGUAUACUUUUUUUUUUUGCACAAAUUGCAUGAGUGCAUAAUAAAGAGGUCACAUCAGUUUGUCUAUGUGCAUGUCCUUGAAAACAAUAUAGCAUAUUUUGAUAAAAUUUGGUGCAUACAGUCUGCACUGAAUUUUGUCAAACUUAAUUUUGGUUUUCAUCAAUUCAAUAAAACUAUUUCUUCAUUUUUUUGCCUUCCUCUCUUUCAGGCAUAAACUGAGAUUUAAAUGUCCCACAGGUAUUCUAUUAAGUAAAAAGGCUUUUACACUCUUUGCAAACCGACUUUCUAAUCUGAUUGCUAUCGAUUUUCCUUUCUGAACACCUUACUAUAUCUGUUUUUUCCUGUUGACUGUAGCAUUAAUUGUGUUUUGAAUGUACCUAUUCCACAAAUGAUAUUGUAUGGUAUAUAAAUUAUUGAAGACUUCAGAGUCGAGACUCACUGCCCUACACAACACAACCUUAGAAUUCUGUAAUUUCUGUUCUUCAGUAGAAGUACCUAGGCUAACUUUACAGAUAGGACAGUUGUAUUAAUAAUAGUGUUUUGUAACAUUCCAUCCAGGAGUGUGUGUUAUAACCAUCAUUUACAUAUCACAGUUUAUUUGUCAAAACUUGAGAUCUUGGGUUGUGAUUUCACAUUAAUAUUGCACACAAAAAUGAGAUGUGGUGUUCUAACACACAGAAAAUGUGUUCGUGUGCUUGCAGAUACAUGUUUGUGAUUGUAAGUGCAUGCAAACUGUCUGAAGUGCCUGCAGCUUAAGAGAUUUAAAUUAAGAACUCCUAUGAGGUUUCCGUGAAUACUGAAUGAACAUGCGGGGAAAACAGGAUAUGGUUGACUAUAAACAAAAUAGGUAGGGAACAUAACUACAAAAAUAUUUUAAAUACAAUGAAAUGUUGAUAAGUAAAUGUGAUCCAGAGAGGAUGGAUGGAAUUGCUUUUUUUCUUAAAGAAAAAAAUGAUGGCAAUAAUGAAUCAGUUAUUAAUUUAAUUUUUAAGGGACAUAAGGAUAGUUUGUACUUAUUAUUAAUCGCUCAGAGCUCAAUGGUUGCUAAAUGUAUCAUCUGCUUUAACAUACAAAAAUCCUGCAGAUUUGCGCUGAUCAUAAGAGUAUGAAAGAUCAUGCUUUAUGCAGUAUGUAUAUGCCUGAUAGAAAUAUACAUUGGCCUCUUUUAUAUGAUAACUAUAAAUGACUUAUUUCAUAACGUUUUAUUAAUUAAAAUAAUUAAAAUGGAGGUACACAGGAUGAAAAAUGACUCCUGGUUCAUGUAGUAAGUUUUGUCAUUUGGUGAACAUUAUUCCAUCUUGUUUUUGAUACUAUAUACUUUCUUUAACAGUUGUCAUAACUUAUAUGACCUUUUCAGAAUAAGUUAUUUUAGAUGCAGUUCUUAUUUUAGUAGGUUUUACUGUGUUUCUUAAGUGUAUCAAUGAUCCAAGAAUCAGAUUCUUCACAAAGAAGCUUAUUACAUAGCCUUGUAGUUGUUAAUUACUUUAAAAGGAAAUGAACAACAAUCAGACAGUAUAUGAGUGGCUAUGUUACACUGCUGAAAAGAUUAGUGCUGUGCAAUAAAUGUUGGCAGGAAGAAUCUUGAGUAGAAUAAAUACACAGUAAUAAAUAAUACUUGUAUUAUCAGAAGAAUAACACAGAUGUCAGUACAUACACAUGCACACACACAUGCACAUACACAUAUGUGUAAUUAAUAUUAUGAUUGGUUGCAUGACGUUUUCAUCAUCACAGUGUGUGAUAAAUUCAAGUGGAAGCAAACUUGUAGUUCUGUCUAUUUACCCACAUGUGUAGUAGAUCAUUACUUACAUGCUCUCUUGUGUGGUGCCUAUUCUAGUGAUAAGCAUUUCUCUAGAAUAAUAGGUUUAAAUAAAAGCAUACUGUCAGUUUGUUCUUUCUAGAUACAUGAUACAUAUUUUAUCGAAUAAGACAUGUCAAUAAUAUGUUAAUGUAAGAGUGAAAUGCAAAUUAAAUUGUACUGUAAAUCUCUACAACAGUUACACCUCUUUACAGUGUUACUAGAAUAUCUUCAAAGAUAAUGAUUUUGUUUUGUGGUCUCAAAUAAACUUGAACAACAUAAUUGUGUUUCAUAUA